UGGAGGAAGAUUUGACAAACAAAAUGCGACUCUUGCGACGGUUGGUGAUUGCGCGUUGUGACUUUCCAAGGUCUAGUAAUCGCGGAGUCGCGUCAGCUUGCUGACGUGUUUUGAUAAAAUAUUUUGUAUAUCCGUUCUUGCAUCUAUCGAAGACUUGGAAAAAAUGUCGGAGAUAUCAGAGAAACAAGCGAAUUCCGUAGUACAGCUGAAAGAAUGGGUAAAGGGACAGCCACACUUACCACAGAAUUUAGACGAGCAUCUCCUACUACGAUUCGCUCAUAGCUGUUACUACGACAUGGACAAAGCGAAGACAACAGUGGAAACAUUUUUCACAGUAAGAAAUUCGUGUUCAGAUCUUUUGACAAACAGAGAUCCGAACUCGCAUCACAUGCAAAAGAUAAUGAAAGUUAUUAACAUAGGACAAUAUGAAUUAUCAGAUAACACAUGUCUAUGGCUCUGGCAGAUCAAUGACCCCGGUCUAGACACCUACGACUACACUUUAGACGCCAAGCUAUUCUUCUUAACAACCGACGCAUUUUUCAUGAGCGACAAACAUCUGUACGAAUCGGACAUCGUAUUGAUGGACGUCAAGGACAUCUCAUUGAAGUUUAUAACGAAAUUGAAUAUUUCCGUAGCUAGAAAACUGGCCAAAUACCAGGAGGACGCGAUCCCAAUAAGACUAAAACAGGUGCAUGUGAUAAACGCUCCAUCGUUUAUAGAUAAAAUAUACGGAGUUCUGAAACCUUUUAUGAGAAAAGAACAUACAGAAAUGAUACAUUUCCACUCACCCAAAUCUGAAACAUUAUUCAAAUAUAUAAAGAAAGAGGAUCUGCCAGAAGAUUAUGGCGGUCUGAAACCUUCUCUGGCGGAGCUAACGGAGGAUAGUUUGGAAAAAGUUAUGAAUAACAGAGAACAAUUAUUGGAUGAAAAUCUAUGGCGAACGAAAAAGAACGGGACGUCCGCGGAUGAAGGCUCCUUCAGGAAGCUAGCUAUAGAUUAAACAAAGAUAUUAUCAACAGACAUUAUUAUAUAUUAUAUAUAUAUUUAUACAUAAGAUAUUUUUUAUACUAUCCAUAUAUAUGUAUAUAAUUGGUUUAAAAAAUUUCUGAAUAGAAUUUUUUAUAUAAAUAAAUUGUGUAUUGUCCUAACGAAGAGUUUGAUUAAUCUUUAUAAUGACAAAAUAAAGAUGGCGGAUAUAGGCUUCUCAUGUUUUGUAUAGACAGGAUGUGGAAAGUUGAAAUAAAUUGUAUAUUUUUAUAUCCAUGUAUAGUAAUAGCUGUGGGUAUAUGAAAGGAAAUUAUAGGGUUGGUGUACACUGAAUAAAAGACCUUAAUUAUCAUUAAAUUAUUUAAUGAAUACGUUUAUCUUCACUAUUUGGUGUAAUGAGAUAAUUACGCUUUGAUGUUUUUCAAACAUAACUUUCGACACACCCUGUACAUUAAUAGUAAUUUUUCAUACAAUCUCAUUAAAUCUAUUGAAACACAUAUAAUUUACGUGAACUUUAAACUCACAUAAUGACUUUGUGUAUUGAAUUCAAAUAUUUUUAUUAAAAUACGCACAAAAAUACUGAUUAUAUAUAUACAUAUAUAUAUGGCUGUCUAGUAAAAACAGGGUAAUUUUUAUAAUACAUUAUAUGCGUAUGUAUUUUGGUAAAUAAUCUCUCUUUAAAGACGAUUACGGAAUAAGAAAGUGUACAGAGAUCUUCAUGCUUACCGUAAGUGUGUGUUGUUACACUACAUACGGAGAGUUAACAGUCGUCCAUGCACUUGUGGUAAACAUAUAUAUGUUGAAUUUUAAUAUAUUAUAACUCUACACAGAUUUUUCUACAUUUAUAAACAACAGUUGCUGUUGUUUAUGUAUUUUUAAUGGAAACUGGUCUCAGGUGUGUAAUAUAUAAUUUAAGGAUUGAAUAAAGUGGUUGAUUUUUUUAA